ACAUGACAGGAAACUGUAUCGAGGUUGUUGGUAACAAGAUGAGGAAGUGUUCUGAGAAUUAAAAAAAACUUUCCUGUUCAAGGUUUUCAGUCUGUUUUGUAGUUUCAGAGUCUGAAGACGGCCCACAAAACAGCACUCAGACGGUGAAUGACUCGCAGCCGCAGAUAUGAAGUGUGAUUCUGAAGUUACAACAUGACACUGAGAGAGGUGACACCUUCCACCUGGCUUUGAUCUCCUGACGAUGCCCAGUUUGGGUGGGAUCAGGACUUCCUUGGUAACCUGAGGCUCUCUCGUGGCUCCGCUGCUAUGACCUACCUGGCUCACACCGCCCAUGCCCAGCUCGGUGCCCUCUGGCUGGGCUGCACGGGUUGGACGCUCACCGCCAUGGCCCUUGGACUCAUCCAGUGGAGGGUUUGGCAGGUGUCUGACAGGGAGGUCAUCAGCUCCGGGGUGGCCUGGGUGGGCGUCUGGCGGGCCUGCUUCAACAGCCACACCCUGGUGAGCCCUGGCUUUAGGGUCAUGCACUGCAAGUACAUCAGCCUGACCGAGGACUUCACGCCGCCGGAGAUCGUGGCAGGUCAGGUUCUCAUGCUCCUGUCUCUGCUCGUGGGGCUUUGUGGGAACGCUGGCGGAGUUUACGCCUUGAGGAACGUCUACUUUGGGAUGGAGAAGAACUCACCGAUCCGUUUGGCGUUCCUCACCACCGGUGUGCUGUGCCUUUUGGCCGCCGUGAUGUCACUCAUACCUCUCCUGUGGAACCUGACCUCAGUGGUGACCAAUCAGACCAUCAGGUUCCCCCCUGAGUUUAAAAUGCCCCAGGCUCCUGAUUCGCAACACAUGGGGUGCGGCAUCGGGGUCGGGAUGGCGGGGACAGCCCUAAUGAUUGUCUCUGGGAUUAUUUUCUGUAAAUACAGGUUACCAGUGAGGUCACAAUCCAGGAUCCAGCCGUCUCUGAGAAAAGAGGUUCACCUGGACUUAGCAGUGCAAUCUGUGACUAACAGCUGGAGGACUUUAACGAGCUCCCGGGGGAAAGAUAACCCAGCGUUUGAGUCUCACGAACACACGAAUGUGAGAACUCACAGAUGAAACUGAUGACGAGGGGUUUCAUUUGCAAAUUGAAUUGAAGAAAGAAAAGUAAAAAAGCUGCUAUGUGAUUGAUUUGAUUUAUUUAGGCAGUCAAAAACACUACAGCUGCUUGAUUGCUUUCAGUGACUCAUCUAAUUUUAUGCUCUGGGGGAGGAUGAACUGAAUGACUCAUCUCUUGACAGCAAACAAACAUAAUGCCAAAUGCAUUAGUGCCUCAGACUGCCUGAGUGAGUUUCAAUAACGUUAAGUUUCCUGUUUUGUUCACUUUUUGUGUUUGUUUUUUAGGUAUGAUGUGAAAAACAUCUGCUGAAAUAAAUGUACUGACUCAAAGCUGUAAGAUAAAGCGGCGGUGCUGCUGCAAAGCUGAGAUACUUGUGAGUGACAUGCACUCAUGCACAAUCAGUACAUUUAAACGUGUUUAUAUGGCUGCACAUCCAAGUAAUUCAAUAAUAUACAUAUGCAAGUGCAAUGCACGCUCUACAUGCACACACAUUUUUACAUUCAUGCAAAUGUACAGUGUAUCACAGCUGCACGCACAUGAAACAUGCGUGCUCGAAUGUUUACUGCGGUGUGAGACAUUUUGUGUCAUAGCACAAAGACUCAUCAGAUACACGACUUACUGUAUUAACAUUCAACACUGUGUCUGUAUUAUUAUAUUGGAAGCUGCUCACAAAAAAAGAUGCACCACUUUUUGUUGAAUUUAUUGUCUGAAAUUUGAUGAUUUUGUUUAUUUAAAUUGAAAGGUGACAUGAUCA